AGCGGUCCACACCAACAUAUACAUACGCUGGGCCGGUUUCAAUCGAACUAGCUGUUGUGUCUCACAACCCGUACGAUCAGCGUAUCGCUAUCACUCAAUCCUAAUGGGUCGCCAACGUCGCCAACGACUAAUUCCACCAAAGCGAAUGGAACUUAGAGCAGACAAGCCCGCCGGUAGUGACCCUUUCAUAUACCCACUAGCAAACCUCCCACAAUCGCUGAAUUGCCAAUCCCAGCAGCAACAGCAACAACCCUCACGUUCCGUAAAACAGCAAUGCAGACAACAACUUGCAGCAGUCACAGAAACACAACAAUGAUGCCAACAGCGUAAACAAAACCAACGUUUAUGCGCAGCAAACACAUAGCGGUAUGCACUCAUCAUUGCAUGCCAUUUGUUAUCCUCUUUCUCGGAAAACUAGCCGUUCGUUUGGUCGCUGUCAAUUCGAACUCAAGAAAAAAAAGUCCACCAUGACCUGGGACUGCUGGCAAAAGGGGAAACGUGGAAUGACCGUAUCGGUGUUCUUUCUGGGGAGUAUUUGUUUUUCGGUUAUGUUAGCCUAUCUUGUGUUCGGAGAUAGCACCGAUGAUGGAGGUUUACGCACCCUUCGUAUGAUCGCGAUUUUGUUUCGUCACGGCGAUCGUUCUCCUACAUCAUUCUACCCAAACGAUCCCCAUCGCAAUUAUCCAUGGACAGGUGGAUUGGGUGCACUUUCUGAGAGAGGAUCCCUACAAAUGUAUAAUUUGGGGAGAAACCUUCGCCCACGGUACUACCGCUUGCUUCCGUCAAAUGGACUCUACUCAAAAGACAACAUGUAUAUUGUUAGUAGUGCAGCGGAGCGGUGUAUUAUGAGUGCUCAAAGUUUCAUGGCUGGAUUCUUACCCCCACUGGAAAAUACUAAUCCAUUGCCCAUUUCUUGGCAACCAGUAGCAGUUAACACUCUUCCGCGAGAUCGAGAUACGAUAUUAGCCCAGAAGAAGCCUUGUCCUCGGUACGAGCAAUCUUUGCAACGUUUGAUGGCAUACCCACCGAAGGACAUACGAGAUAUGAACGAGAAAUACGAAGCACUGUACAAAACUCUCAGUCUAUCCACCGGAGAGAACAUUAGCACGAUUUUGGACGUGGAACUGUUGUACAAUACGUUGGAAAUAGAGAAAAAUGCCGGUUUGGAACUGCCCGAUUGGACGGAAAACAUCUUCCCGGAAAAGUUGCUCCCUCUGGCCGAGCGAAGCUUAUCCCUCUUCACCGAAACGCCUCUGAUGAAGAAGAUUAAAGGCGGUACGAUUAUCAGUGAGCUGCUGGACAACAUGGUCCGCAAACGCGCCGGAAUCCUAAUGCCCGAGCGAUCAAUUUUCGUCUACUCCGGUCACGACGUUACGCUGGUGAACUUGAUGCGCGCAUUGAACAUAAUCGACCAGUCAACGGGGAAGCCGGACUUUUCCGCUGCGAUCGUGUUCGAGCUGCAUUACAGCAUCACAUUUGACGAUGACUUCGAGGUGAAGCUGCUGUAUUACUUCAACAGUGAAGAUAAAUACCCCAAGGAACUGCGAGUUCCCAAUUGUGGUGAUCCUUGUUCUCUCACUAAAUUCAGCCAGCUUAUGGAAUCUGUUUAUGUUAAAAACUACGAAGAAUUGUGCCAGUUGGUUUAAAUGUUGAUUGAUAUAGUUUUACAGUUACCUUUAUUCUGAUAUUAGAAGAUUGUAUUUACCAACACAUGUUAUCUGUUAGUGUGUUAAUUAUUUUGGAUGUUCGUCAGUUAAAUUAUUUGUUAAUACUGUAAACUAGUUAGUGUACUGUAAAUAUUACCAAAAGUACGAAUAAAAACUUGCGUGUUCAUGAUUCAACAUUA